UCCAGCAGCAGGUUGCCUCUGCUCAACGGCAGCAGGUAGGUGUUGUUCGCGUCAAUCAAACCGACCGGAGACGCGUAUUGGCCCGUUCGAGCCCGCGGGGCUCCAGGCUCCACCUCUCCGCCGGAGCCGUGCCUGCGCUGCGCUCGGUGCGGUGUGCGCGCGGUGGCUUGUGCGCUCUCAGGUUACUCGCGUGAAGUUGUGGACCAGAGGAGAUCGAAGACGUCCGGCGACCUGAGGAAGGAGACGCGUGGAGGGUCCGGAGGAAAGUGGGCAGCUCGCGCCUGUGGCUUCGCGCACUGGGCUGGAUUUACUGGGCGAGGAAGACGCACCGGGACGAGUUUGUGGCGUUUAACUGGGAGACCGAGCAUACCCAACAGUAUGCGGUGCAGCUAUGGCAGAUAAGGGUAAGACCGUCGUGAGGACGCUGGAGGAUUUAACGCUUGAUUCUGGUUAUGGUGGAGCCGCGGACUCGGUCAGGUCUUCCAGCGUGUCGCUGUGCUGCUCCGACACGCACCAGUCCAUUCCGCAUGGGGGCAACUGCUGGCAUCUGACGGAAUCCAUGCACAGCCGACAGAACAGCGUGGACACGGUGAACACCGUCCUGGCCGAGGACACGGAGAUCCUGGAGUGCUCGGGUCAGUGCGCCAAGCUGCCCGAGCUGGAGGACGUGCCAUGGAGCCUCGGCGAGGUGGAGGGCGCACUGAGGAGGGACGAGGAGCUGAUGGUGGGGAACCCGCCGCCGGAGGUCCUGGCGCGGCUGUCGGCGCUCAUCGGCCGCGCGCUGGUGCGGGUGGCCCGGGAGGCGCAGCGGCUCAGCCUCCGCUACGCCAAGUGCACCAAGCACGAGAUCCAGAGCGCCAUCAAGGUGGUGCUCUCCUGGACCAUCUCCGUCAACUGCAUCACGGCGGCUCUGAGCGCGCUGUCCCUCUACAACAUGAGCACCGGGGACAAGUUCAGCCGCGGCAAGUCGGUGCGCUGCGGGCUGGUGUUCUCCGUGGGGAAGUUCUUCAGGUGGAUGGUGGAUAGUCGGGUGGCCCUCAGGAUCCACGAGCACGCCGCCAUCUACCUCACCGCCUGCAUGGAGAGCCUGUUCAGGGAGGUGUUCGGCCGCGUCCUGCGCAGCGCGCUGGUGGAGAGGGACAACGGGGUCCCCAAGUUUACGCUGGAGUCUCUGGAGCAAGCCAUCAACGGGGACUCGGAGGUGUGGGGUCUGCUGCAGCCCUACCAGCACCUCAUCUGCGGCAAGAACUCGAGCGGUGCACUGAGCCUGCCGGAGAGUCUGAACCUGCACCGGGACCAGCAGCGCUCCGGGAGGGGCGGGGAGGGCCAGGGCUACUCUCAGGCCGAGCUCCGCACGCUGGAGCAGUCGCUCCUCGCCACCCGAGUGGGCAGCAUCGCCGAGCUGAGUGACUUGGUUUCCCGGGCCAUGCACCACCUGCAGCCGCUGCACAUCAAAAACCCCAGCAAUGGCACUCCGGUCCACCAGAAGACCAGCAGCACGGUGCACUGGGAGCCCGAGGCGCUCUACACCCUGUGCUACUUCAUGCACUGCCCACAGAUGGAAUGGGAGAACCCGAACGUGGAGCCGUCCAAGGUCACGCUGCAGACUGAGAGGCCGUUCCUGGUGCUGCCGCCGCUGAUGGAGUGGAUCCGGGUGGCGGUCGCCCACACCGAGCACCGGCGAAGCUUCUCCGUGGACAGCGACGACGUGAGGCAGGCGGCCCGGCUGCUGCUGCCCGGUGUGGACUGUGAACCCCGGCAGAUAAAAGCGGAGGAUUGUUUCUGUGCCACCAGGAAGUUGGACGCAGCCUCCACCGAGGCCAAGUUCCUGCAGGACCUGGGCUUCAGGAUGCUCAACUGCGGGAGGACGGACCUGGUCAAGCAGGCGGUGAACCUGCUGGGGCCUGAUGGCAUCAACAGCAUGAGCGAGCAGGGGAUGACCCCUCUCAUGUACGCCUGCGUCCGCGGCGACGAGGCCAUGGUCCAGAUGCUGCUGGACGCCGGGGCCGACAUCAACAGCGAGGUGCCCACCACAGUAAACAAGCACCCCUCAGUUUAUCCCGAAACGCGCCAGGGGACGCCACUCACUUUCGCUGUGUUGCACGGACACAUCCCUGUCGUGCAGUUGUUGCUGGAUAACAGAGCGAAUGUGGAGGGCGCCCUGCAGGAUGGGGCUGAGAACUACACGGAGACGCCGCUUCAGCUCGCCGCCGCUGCAGGGAACUUUGAGCUGGUGAGUUUGCUUUUGGAAAGAGGGGCCGACCCCAUGAUUGGGACCAUGUGUCGAAACGGCAUCUCGUCUGCUCCACUGGGCGACAUGAACUCCUACAGCCUGGCAGCAGCACACGGCCACAGGAAUGUCUUUCGGAAGCUGCUGGCCCAGUCGGAGAAGGACAAGGGGGACGUGCUGUCCCUGGAGGAGAUCCUGGCCGAGGGUUCGGAUCCCGGGGAGAAGAGGUUGGCUCUGCAGGCCAACAGCGGCAGCGGGACCCUGCGAACAGGAAAGGCCAAACUGAGAGCCCUGAGAGAGGCCAUGUACCAUAGUGCAGAGCACGGCCAUGUGGACAUCACCAUAGACAUCCGCAGCUUAGGCGUUCCCUGGACGCUGCACACCUGGCUCGAGUCCCUGCGCACCUGCUUCGUCCAGCACCGCCGGCCGCUGAUCCAGGGCCUGCUCAAGGACUUCAGCUGCAUCCAGGAGGACGAGUACACGGAGGAGCUGAUCACGCACGGCCUGCCGCUCAUGUUCCAGAUCCUCCGCACCAGCAAGAACGAGGUGAUAAGCCAGCAGCUGUCAGUGAUUUUCACGCAGUGUUACGGGCCCUUCCCCAUCCCCAAGCUGACGGAGAUCAAGAGGAAACAGACCUCGCGCUUAGACCCUCUCUUCCUGAACAACAAGGACAUCUCCGACGUCACGUUCCUGGUGGAGGGGAAACCGUUUUAUGCACAUAAAGUUUUGCUGUUUACAGCUUCACCCAGGUUCAAGUCGCUGCUUCAGAACCGACCAGCAGCAGAAAACACCUGUAUUGAGAUCAGUCACGUCAAGUACAAUAUAUUUCACCUGGUGAUGCAGUAUCUGUACUGUGGAGGCACUGAGUCUUUGCACAUACGCAACACUGAAGUCAUGGAGCUCCUGUCUGCAGCCAAAUUCUUCCAACUAGAGGGCCUUCAGAGACACUGUGAGAUCAUCUGCUCCAAGAACAUCACCACGGAGACCUGCGUGGACCUCUACAAGCACGCCAAGUUCCUUGGCGCGUCUGAGCUGACGGCUUUCAUCGAGGGCUAUUUCCUGAAGAACAUGGUGCUGCUGAUCGAGCUCGACGCCUUCAAGCAGCUCCUGUACGAGCCUCCUCCGGCCGAGAGCCCCGUGUCCAGCCCCGGCAUCUGCUCCGACAUCCUCCUGGACCUGGAGAAGACUCUGGCCACGCGCAUCCACUCCAUCCACCUCUCCACCUCCAAGGGCUCCGUGGUGUGACGCCGUCCUCUCCCGGGGGGGCCUUUCCGAUCCGGCCGCAGCAUCGAUGUAACGCCACCGUUAACACACUGUCACCCCGUCCACCUGCCCUGGCCCCGCUGAUGAAGAGGAGGAGGAGGAGGAGGAGGAGGAGGAGUUUUUUUAUGUCAGGGAUUCCCUUUAAUUCUGCCUGUUGCAGCUAACUGAAGUUAAACGAGACAAAAUCAGAGAGAGAACUUUCUCACUCGUCGUCCCACUGCUCCCACUUCACGUCCCCAAAAACUGAAAAUAAUAACAACAAAUAAAAAAACCCACACAACCCAACAGUAUAACUUAGACCAAAUCACGAUUAUACAACUUUCUAUCGUAUUUCACAUAGAAAAAGUGCAUGAAAUACAGACUAUUUACCUUUUCUUAUUUUUUGCUUAAAGAAAAAGGUAGAGUAGAAUCUAAACUCAGUAAAAGCAGCUUUCUCUCGUCAUCUCUAUCAGGAGACUUUGGUUUACAGAUGUCAUCUCUUCAUGGAAGUGGAUGCCGUCGCCGUUUGAAGUUUCACACAAGCCAAACCGUGAACAUAAUCCGAGUAUACACCCGAUUUUAAAAAGUGAUUAGUAGCAAUGCCAGCAGACAGAUUCUUAGGUGGACGUUUCCUUUCUGUCUCCUCUGUGUUGGUUUCUCACUGUGUUAUCUCGACUGUGUGCAGAGGCCAAACCAAUCACACAAACUUCCGCCGUCCGUGGCCGACGCCAGUGGAGAAUCUAUGCUUGAAACGCGGACGUCCACCUGGGAAAGGAACUUGUGAUAACCACCGUGAACACACUGUCAUCUUGGGAUCUUUCUGCAUGACACCUCCUGGAACUGAGCUGCCCCCAUGUUGCUUUUUAUGCAGAGCUUACUUCACGAAAAGGGGGACGCUCCUUAUUGAACUUUCCAUCCACUGCAGGACAGACAGGCCUGAGCGGGAUGGAAGAGGGACUUUUUGAUGGGCAGGGACUUUCCCCCUCUCCAAGCAAAGUGUAAAUACGUCCUGAACAUCAUCGUGCUGGUUCUUUUUGUUACUUUCCUUUUUUUUUCUAAACUGAUGUACAGUAUUCUCCUACACUCGCUCGGCCGAUGACAACCGGUCUCAUUGAAUUGAAUGUUGCUCCCUGGACAGUUCGUUCCUGCUGUGUGUGUGCGUGUGUGCGUGUGUGUGUCUCUGUUUAUGCAAAGUUGCAUGUUUAAUCUGUUUCAGUACGACUCCUGCGUUGCGCUGUAGCUGUGCUCUGUGUGUAGACGGGUCGGGACCGAGUCAGAGUGUGGGUCGUUCCAGCUGAAGCUCAGUCACAGGAUGUUCCCUUUAUUUCAUUUUCAGAUGUUUUUCCGAUACAUUCCAAACGAUCAGGGUCGAUCACGCGAUGCAUUUUUUCAUCCUCAUCUCCUCAGUAACAUCAGCACUGAAUUUAUUAGUAGACGGUGUUUUAUGACAGAUGUAUUUCUAUCCACUUGUUUUUCUGGUCACGCCAGAAACUUUGCAAAAAAAAGUUUUUACAGUUGGAAAAUAAGAAAUGAAAACCAGUUCAUCGUGAAGAGCAGGAAGCAGAAGAUUUAAGUGUCCUCUGAAACGGCAGCAGAUGAAAACAUCGCAUCACAGUUGAUGGAAGAAACGUGUGUUGAUCCGCAUUUUCUUUUGCUUGUUUUCUGAAAAUUAAUUUAAGAUUUGUUCUAAAUUCAAAUGUUAAGUUGGCUGAAGUUCAACAGCUCUGGGAAAAAAUAACUAAAUCAUUAGUGCAAAACAUGAACUGCUGCGUAAGAAAACAUCUGUUUCUGAUGAAAUAUCAAAAGUUUGUUCUAUGUUCUAAACUAAAAACUUGACUGAGGAGGAAGUUUUCAGCAAGAAAAACUCAACUACUGAUGUUAAAGUUCUGUUUUGUGUUGUAUCUAGUGAAGGUGGAAGCUGAAGAUUAACACAAUAUGAAGCUUUACAUAAUUUGCAUUUUGCUUCUGAGUCAAAUCCACAUGAAUUCGUUGACUGUGGCAACAUUUUUUUAUUCCCUGAUUUUCCACAACAAAACCUUCUGAGUUCACCACAUAUCCGACUGGUUUCUUUCUCCAUGGCAACAGCAGCCGAGGGUUGAAUCAUCCAACAGACAAAACCGGAUUCUUCAGUGUGGAAACUGAAGUAAAGAAACAGGCGGUCACACAGUCACUUACACUAACAGGAUUUUCAGAGUUUCUGGAAGAGUCACAUGUUUGUGUGUUCAGCAGAAUUGAGAAUAUAUGUGUGAAGACAGAAGGGAAGGGAAAUAUUUCAUUCUUAAGCUAAAGAAGGAGAAACUAGAUCUCAGACACCUGAACCAGUUACCACAUCAAUGACUGAAACUAAAGGAGGAGCAUUUUUACUUUGGAAAAUAGAUAUAAAUAAUACAAAUAAUAUGAAUUGAGUAGUGCAACACGCCCAAAAUAAUGUUUUAUUCCAAAAAUGGCAGAUUGGUGUUUAUGUCAGUUAUUGAUCUGGUGAUUGUUCCAUGUGAUGUGAGAUCGUUUCCUCUUUUUUGUGGCUUCAGUUCAAAGUUGUUGUUUAGUGUUAAUUUGAUUCUGUGACGAAGCUCCAUGAAGAUCCUCGUACGUUGUGCUGGAUGUUUCUGCAUGAAUCUGAUUUCACCUUCAGAUAAAACACAAAACUUAUGGCUUCUAAUAUUGUAGCACACUCCAAAAAAAAACAAUUACUCAAAUAUUUGUUUUGGACCGAAAACCAUGCGAAACACCGAGGCACAUACAAGUUGGUUUAAGUUCUGUAAAUAGUUACAGAAAAUGAAAUAUAUAUAUAUUAUCCUACAACUUUAUUUUCUUACCUACAUACAUAGCACUAUAUAUUUUAUUUUACAUUCCACAGCUAUUUUGUUUUACAAAAGAGAUAUAAGAAAAAAAGAUGAUAUAAAAAGAUGCUUUAAAGUUUCAAAAUUAAGCAAUAUUUCCAUCGGAUUGUAUUAUUUUGACGAAUAUGUCACAUGGAUAUGGAGCUACAGUAUAAAUGUGAAUCAAAACACACAUAACAGACAAAUGAGUGACUGAGAACAACUGAAUAUAUUAUGUUUUGUUUAUAUUUUGUGAAAUUAAAUUGUCUAUUUGCUUUUAAAUGUAUUUCAGCCAUUUUAAGAGAAUAUAACUUUUUUUCCCUGAGAGCGUUAACGAAGCAGAUAAGUUAUUAACUCGACAUUUUUCACCCUCGCACCAUAUUUGGCUUUCUGUUCACUCAUCACACACGCCCAUGUCAUUUAAAACGGACGAUUUAAAUGUGCAAUGUGACUUAAAGAUGCAAAACCAGGGUAACAAGGUUCAUAAUGAUGUCAAGCACCUUCGUGUGCCAGUGUCACUGUAGCCUCACAAUCGAGAGCAUUCGUUUUUCCAGACGUGAGCUUCAGUUCGAGUCGUAUUGUGACGACAGCUGGAUCCGGCUUUAACGUUUAACAAAAAGAUGUUUCUAUGAGUCUCAAUGUUUGCGUCAUUAGCAGAAGACUAACUUUCGCUUGCCCCUGCUCUGGAGCUUCUGAUCCAGCCCCGGGGUCACGGGCUGUAACCGUCGGUUCGCAUGGCUCUUCAUGUUCGGUGUCGUCCAGAAUGUGCUCUGUUCACCAGCUUUGUCCAAACGAGACUCUCUCCUCCAGUCGUCUGAGAGUUGUCUUUGCCUGCGUAUUUGCUCCUGGUGAUGAACAACAUUUCUCCAAUAGAAGCAGUGGAAACAUGCAUGGGACGUUCACUAGGUUUCUAAUCCACAAGGAGGUGUGUGUGGGGGGGGGUGGGGACUUUUGCAAAUUUUCUUUUAUUCUUUUCCUUUGAUGAGAACAUGUAUAUUGUACAAAGUAUGUAUAUGGAAUAUAAAUUAUACAUGGUGUGAGGAGCAGGGAUGUGGUGGAGUUUAACAACAAACAGGAAUGUUACACUCGUGCUACAGGUUCUGUCGUUCCAUGACAUGCUUUUGUGGACAGCUAAUAAACGACCACAGUUAAAAA